GAACCCCUAGUAAUGACAGUGUAUAUUGUUUCACGUAAUGAUAGUGUUCAGUUCAUUCACAUUCUAUCCAAAUUAAUAUAGUUAUAUGAAACAGGUCCAUGGCUACUUUAAAAGGAUUUCGUUACAUAUGUUUUAUAACUGCGCUUGUUGGAAUAACCGGUCUUACCUUGUAUCCGAUAGUUAUAAAACCAUUAAUUAAUGUUGAUGACUACAAACAAUUGAGAAGAUUACAUAACUGGAAAGAUCAAAAGAAGUCGUAACAUUUUUACUGUUUGUUAAAAGUGUUUUUACAUUUUCAGGAAGAUUUCUUUUUAUGUCUUGUGUCGGAUAUAUGAUUAUAAUAAACCAUGCAAUAUCAUAAUUUUUAAAGUUAAAUGAUUGUUUUAUUUACUAUUUGUACAUAACUUUGUUGAAAGGAUAUAAUGAGCAAACCGUUAACGGUACCUAAAUACAUAUUUGUCCAAUUCACAACUGGUAUUUGUAUUUUCUAUCGCAUAUUAAAAUACAGAAUUCCGAUAUCUGCUUGUGUAGUGUAAAAAGCCAUGUUGUAAAAAAUAAAGAAAAACAUCUUCAAUAUUUAUAAAAAUAAAA